UAUGGCUCAGCUUGGGCAUCUCGCCCAACGCGUUGCAGCAAUACUUUGCCUACUGAUUUUCCAACUAUCGUCAUCUGAUUCUCGUGCCCAUACAAGGAUAUCAGGUGGGACUGGAACCUGCAUCAGCAGAGAGCGGGAUGCGCUUCUGUCCUUCAAGGCAAGCCUUCUGGACCCUGCUCGCCAUCUCCCGUCAUGGCAGGGCGAAGAUUGUUGUCAAUGGAACGGAGUCAGGUGCAGCAACAGAACAGGCCAUGUCGUCAAGCUCAACCUCCGCAACACGUAUGGCUACAGCGUGUACGACAUCUUGAGCUUGUCAACAGAUGAGAUGAGCUCCUCUUUGGCUGACUUACAACAGUUGAGGUAUCUUGAUCUGAGUUGGAAUGACUUCAACGGCGCUAGCAUACCUGUUUUUGUGGGCUCUCUGAAGAACCUAAGGUACCUCAACCUCUCAUCCUCAGCUUUCGGUGGGAGAAUACCUUCACAGCUCGGUAACCUCUCGAAAUUGCAAUAUCUUGAUGUUAGUGGGAAUUAUUAUUAUCAUCUCCACAUGUUGGAUCUUGCAUGGUUGUCAUGUCUAUCAUUGCUGAGUCAUGUUGACUUGAGCCAAGUGGACCUUGGUGCUGUGCAUGGUUGGGUUCACAUGGUUAACACAAUUUCUUCUCUGAAAGUGCUUCGCUUAGCAGAUUGCGGCCUUAACAACACAGUGUUUGCUACUUCGAAAUCAAACCUCACACAUCUCGAAGUCCUUGACCUGUCAUCCAACUUGUUUAACACAUCACUAGAGCACAACUGGUUUCUCUGGGAUCUCACAAGCCUUAAGGAUCUAUACCUCGUGGGCUGCGACUGGCAUGGACCUAUUCCUGAAGAACUAGGAAAUAUGACAUCCCUUGAAGUCAUAGAUUUGAGUGUAAAUGAUCUUGUGGGUUUGAUACCUAGCAACUUGCAAAAUUUGUGCAAUUUGAAAGUGUUGCGUCUUGUAGAAAUCAACAUUGAUGCGAGCAUAGGGGAGUUCAUGGGUCGAGUGCCAAGUUUAACGGGAAAGAUUCCAGAGGAGAUAAGUUUGCUGAUUGGACUUACCAAUUUGAACUUGUCAAAUAAUCAUUUGAUCGGCAGAAUUCCCAAUCAAAUUGGUGAUCUGAAGCAGUUGGAGUCCCUGGACCUAUCCUACAACGAGCUUUCCGGUGAAAUCCCGUCAGGUUUGUCGGAUCUCACAUCUCUGAGCCACUUGAACCUGUCAUACAACAACAUAUCAGGUGUGAUACCAUCCAGGCCGCAGCUACAAAUUCUCGACAACCAGAUCUACAUCUACAUCGGCAACCCCGGUCUAUGUGGCUACCCUCUCUCCAAGAAUUGCUCUACUAGUACAACUGGUGCAGAGCAAAGUGUCGAUGAAGAUGCAAAUUAUGCUUUGCCUCUCUACCUUGGGAUGAGCAUAGGAUUUGUGAUCGGUCUUUGGACGGUCUUUUGCACCAUGUUGCUGAGGAGGAGCUGGGCGAUUGUCUACUUUCAGAUCAUUGACAAGCUGUAUGACAAGGUUUAUGUGUGGAUGGCUAUUGCUUGGGCUCACCUGGUGAAGAAGACCCAUGAUGACGCAGUGUGAGAAGCCGAAGCCAUGUUCUAUUGAACUGGUCAAGAGCUGUAUGUUAUUGCUUUGUGAUUUGGAGAGUAAGUGGUACUUUGGUGUGUGUCUCUGUGUGUGUGUGUGCUGCUACAAUGUAAGUUUCUGGUGAUGUGAGGUGUGAGCUACCUAUAGUACGUGUAUCAGCACAAUAUAUUGUAUGGAUUGAAUCAAGUGAAAAUGUUCCAUAAAUAAUAUAAGAUGGCAUGAUUUGUAAACAGGCUCCUAUGCUGAUAAAUUAGAUUAUGCACCUCUUGUUUUAGUCUUUUACGUAAGAUGUCAUGUUUUCUGAAAAUGUUCCUUUUCUUCAGAUCAUAUUGUGAAAGCAGUCACCUUAUAUGUAAGAAAACUGGAAAAGGGGGGGACUGUUUAUGUAGCAUUUUGAUCAUGACAGCAAAGAAACAACCAAGAAAAAUAACCAGUAGAUAGCCACUGUUCUUUCGAUGUAUAUACUUUGUUGCAGAGAUAGGGGGAAAGGAAACUGGCCUUUUGGUGAAAAGCUGGAGCAUUUUCGUCGACCAAAGAUAAACCUGUCGAAUUGUA